AGGAUAUAUUUGAUAAAAUCCUGAUACUUUGAUGGUUUAGAGAACAUUUCGAAACUUUCAGGGUAUUUUUGAUAAAACAGAAAUAGUUCAAGGUUUAAUAUGUAUUUACCCUAGAAAUAAAUAGCCAAUAUAAGAGUAACACGUCGGCUAGGAAAUAAUUAAACAGUUUCCUAAGAUUUCCUUGACGAAAGAAAUAUGAAGAUGGCGAGAAUCGACGUGAUUUCUUCAUGUCUGGUUGGAACGACAAGCACCGAUGCAACUCCCAUCUCAAGAUUGGAGCUUACUCCAUGGGAUUUGCAAUUGCUGCAAUUCAAUCCUAUGCAGAGAGGCCUUUUCUUUCCCAAGCCCGAAUCCGAUCAAAAAUCUUACAUUCUUCACCUCAAGAACUCAUUUUCCCGAGCGCUCGACUUCUUUCCUCCCCUGGCCGGCCGCCUUGCCGCCGUUCCAGCCGCCGAUAAUUCUUUCUUUUACUUCGUCGACUGCAACAACGCCGGCGCGGAGUUCACUCACGCUGAUGCCCCGGCUGUAUCGGUUUCCCACAUCUUGGAACCGAAAUACAUACCUGAAAUAGUAUCCGAUCUCUUCCCAUUAGAGGGAUACUGCAACUGCGACGGCCUCUCGAAGCCUCUACUCGGCGUGCAAGUCACUCAGCUCGCCGACGGCGUCUUCGUGGGCUGCACGGCCAAUCACGCCGUCAUAGACGGCGUCUCUCUCUGGCAUUUCAUCAACUCUUGGUCGGAGUUGUCGCGCGGUUCCGCUACAAUAUCAAAACACCCCGUGUUCGACCGCUGGUUUCCAAGCAGCAUGCCCGACGACAACCGCCUCUUCCCUCUUCCGGCGCUGGAGAAAAUCCGGUACCCUCCACCUCCAUUAAUGGCGAGGGUUUUCCGCUUCAGCAAGGAAAGUCUGGCUGAGCUGAAAUCCAAGGCCAAUUCGGAAGCCGGCACGGACAAAAUAUCCACUCUGCAAGCACUCUCUGCUCAUCUAUGGCGGAGCACAACUCGGUGUCGGGGGGAAGAGGACGAUCUGAGCAGCCAGGAGGUUAGCAUCAUGAUGGCCAUCGGCGCGAGGGCCAGAAUCCCUCUCGCCGACGGCUAUUUUGGGAACGCAUUCAACAGUUCUUUUACUAAGAUGAGCACGUCGGAGCUGUUAGAAAGAGGAUUAGGGCACGCGGCGCUCAAGAUCAACGCUCAUGUUGCUGCGCAAAGUGGUGAAGCGGUGAUUAAAACGGUGGAGGAUUGGGUGAAGAAUCCGGUGGUGUUCCAGAGGUUUCCUCCGAGGAAAAGGAGCAGUGUGGUCAUGAUCGCGAGUUCGCAUCGGCAUAAUGUGUACGCCAACGAUUUUGGAUGGGGGAAGCCAAUUUCCGCCCUAAGCGGAAAGAUUGAGCAAUUUGAUGGGAAUAUGAAACUUUUUCCCGCCGCAGUUGCCGGCGGAAUCGACGUCGAAGUUUGCUUAGUGCCGGAGACCAUGCAGGCCAUGGAAGAUGAUGCGGAGUUUAUGGAAGCCAUGCUAAUCUGAAAAUGGAUUCGAAAUUUGGAACCAAUUUACUUUCUCUAUAAUCGUAUAAAUUAUGCAGUAAUUUUAAGGCUUUGGAAUUUAAAGAAAUAACUGCGAUGUAGAUUUGGCGUGUUAGCUCUAAACUAAAUUCCCUAUU